AUGAUAGUAGCAGGAAUUAUCGCUUGUGGAACCUUCUUUGUCGUCCAGAUCGGAGGAAUCUGCCAAAUUGCAGAUAGUGUCUCCCUGACAUCCGACUACGCCAGUAGUACACAGAGUGGGUACCUGGAGAUGGCGUUCUCCUGGUCAACCAGUGGCCACUCGGUCCUCAAACUAAACAUCCGUCAACUGUGGCUGUUCGGGAUGUGGCCACAGUGUGAUUCACCGCUGUAUAACUUCUACAGCGCCCUCGUCUUGACGCUGGGCGUUUGGAACUGCAUGGAAGGCGCUCUGGCCAUCGGCUACAGUGGAGCUGAUCUUGAAGAAACGACGCUGGUCUUGGCCAACUCGUUCACGACCUGUAGUGGACUCGUCAAGGGGCUACUGUUCGUGUGGGACAGGCCACUGUAUUACACCAUGGCGCAGCGUCUGAACGCGCUGUUAUGGUUACAGAGUGAGGCCUGCACCAGGGACCCCACCCUGGCAAACAUCCUCCAGAAUUCGCGAAGACGUGCUGCCCGCAUUUCGCUGGCCAUGUUCCUGUUCCUCUUUCUGCAGGCAGUCGUGUGGUUCCCAAUGCCGUUGAUCGUGCACCCGGGCGAACGUCGCCUUCCGCUCGUCCAGCACUACUGGGCCGGCAACAAUAGCUACUACGCGCUGUCGUACAUCGUGCAGUGUUGCUCAGCAAACUACCUGGCCAACGUGAGCUUCGGCAUGGACUGUCUUCUAGUAACUAUAAUGAUUUUGGUGGCCGCGCAGCUGAAGGUCGUCACUAUCCGUGUAGCAGCCCUGAGAAUGGAACAGGCUGACACGGAACUGGGAGUCAAACAGUGUUUGGAGGGUCCACCUGCUGUGUAUCAGGACAGGCUGUACAAAGAUUUGUGCCACUGUAUUGAAAACCAUCAGCAAAUUCUUCGGUUCGUCAAAGACCUGCAACGAGUAAUGAAUCCCAUUGCAAUGACCCAGUUCAUCUUCAGUGUCCUCGUUGCGUGUGUGGCGCUAUUUCAGGCAACAUACAGUACGGAUUUCGCCGCAGUUUUCCGGUGCGUGGCCUUCCUUCCGGUGCCUGGAGGUCAGGUCUUCCUGUACUGCUGGGCAGCACAGAACGUCGCCGACGAGUUGGUUAAUACAUCAUACUCCUACUAUGCUCUGUUGGGCCAAAUGAACAGACAUUAG